CAAACGGAACUGUCUUUUGUAAAAACUGUGGGGACGAAUUUAAUGUACGUACCCAUCAGGGGUCACCAUUUUUCCCCUCAAAUAAAUUUAAAUGAAAGCGAUCAUUUCGUAAUUUCAUGGCAUUUCGAGAAUUCAACAGUGCUUCCUGGUUGGCUAGUUUACAUCAUGAGGAGGAAGAUUUACGUGGAACCCAGAACAGUCCGGACAGUUCUGCGGUGGCUCUCUUCCUCUCCCUGUCGGCCUGGUCCGGAUGGUUCUUUAUGGCAAAACAAACAGCAACGACCUCUGAAAAACAAGAUAAGAAACACAGGUAAAAGGAGACAGCCCUGUCCAGCAGUCCUCGAUCAUUUUGACCAGCAGUACAGUGAAGAACUGGGAGACUUGUGGGCCUCUGCAAGAGCAGUACUGCUGGACCCUCUGUCCUGGCAGUAUGGGGUCAUGCUAAACCGCUUCAGCUCUGUGACAGAUAUCACACAGAUUCUUCUGUCUCAGGGCUUUUCAUCGCUGCUGCCACAAACAAACGUCUCAGACGUGCUUCAUAACAGUGACUCCACUCUGUCUAAUUCUCCACGUCUGGAAGGAAAAGACGCUCUCUCACCACAUUUCUCAAAACACCCUCCUGGUGAUGUUGGUCUCCUGCCCUACAGUGCCUCUCAUGCAUUCAGUCAGGCCCAUCAGUCUCAGCGUCCACCCAUAUUUCCUUCUUCCUCAUUACAAUGUUACAUCCACCCACACCCCCUGCGAUUUCCCUCACAGGCCCACCGGCCGGGCCAGCUGAAGCAGUACUACCUCCUGAAUGCUGCCUCGCUUCUUCCAGUGCUGGCUUUGCAAGUGAGAGAUGGUGAUAAGGUUUUGGAUUUGUGCUCUGCCCCCGGAGGCAAAGCUGUCGCCAUAAUGCAAAGUGCAACUCCAGCUCUUCUCUGCUGUAAUGAGCCAGAUUCUCACAGACGGGACUGGCUGGCCAAAACCCUGGAGUCCUUUCUGCCUCCCUCCCUGAGCAGCAGAGUGAUGGUGUCUGCACAGGACGGCCGCUUCGUUGGGCAAAGCGAAGCCGGUUUUUAUGACAAGGUUUUAGUUGAUGCUCCUUGUUCUAAUGACAGGAGCUGGUUGCAUUCUAGCGACAAACUCCAGGGGCAACAGAGACUAGAAGACAGAGCCAGGCUGCCGGAGCUACAGACUCAGCUUCUAAGGUCCGCUAUAUCUGCAGUGCGUCCGGGGGGUGUUGUCGUCUACUCAACCUGCACACUGUCAAGCUUGGAGAACUGCGCUGUAGUUGAGGUGGUGCUGAAAGACUUCCCUAAUGCUGAAGUUGAAAAUCUGUGGGAAGAAAUCGCUUUGCCUCUGUCAAAAUACUUUGCCGUUAUUCCUCUCCCUGGUCAGAAACAGACAGAGUCCAAGUCGCUCCUGCAUCCACUGAUUGGCUCUGCAGCCACUUCUCAUCAUAAGCUCGGCAUUCUGGUGGUUCCCCAGCCUGGCAAGACCUGGGGGCCAAUGUUUUUGUCUCGAAUUAGAAAACAGAUAGAGUCUGACCUCCAGAACAAAGCAGAUAGGUGAAAUGCUACUUCUCCAAGUCCUGCAUCAAUUCCAGAACGUCUUUUAGCACAAAACUAUGCAAAGAGUUUAGAUAUUCAGAUGUAAACACAUCAGAGCAUAAAGGUUUUAUAAAGUUUCUAAGGUAAGGAACACUGUGUAAUCAAAGUUCAUCUGUCUCAGAGUGCUGUGUGAGAUUUUACAUUUAAGCAGCAAAUGAAAAGCAAACAUGGCUCUCAUCUCACAUUCAUACCUCCCGCAAUCUUCAUCAGACAGAUUUGUGUUUGCUGAAUGCUAAUAAUUGGUGUUUAAAAUCAAGAUGUAGCAAAUGAUCGUGUGACGGCAACAGAGCUGAUUUUACCCAUAAUGCAGCAGAAAAUUCUAAUUAAGGUUAUUAGGAUUGUUUUAGUUGUGGAACAUUAAAGCUCAAUUGUUUGUCAUCCAGUCUGAUCCACAGAAGAGUAGAUAUCUACAUGUUGAAAAGUCAUGGAUAGUUAGAAGAAAGCCUUUUUCAUAUAUAUUUAUAGAAAACUUUUUCUUUAAUAACAAUUGAGAUAUGAGUUUUCCAGGAAGGACUCUUGCUGUGCACCAUUUCUUUUUCCGUUUCUGCCUUAAAAAAGGCUCUUUUCAUGGAUUGUAAGAUGUGAUGAACAUUUUUGCUUGAACCUUCUCCAAAUUUCAGACACAGCUGAAUGUGAAGGAAGAAGACAUACUAGCCCCAUUCUGUGAUGAUUUAUCUUCAUGAAGGCGCUUUAUACUCAUUUCCUUUAUUUUCUGGCCUUCAGGCUCUCCCUUGUACCUGGAAUAUAAAUCUUCUAUGUGAAAAAAGUUCUGUUAGUUACAACAAUGUAAUGUUAAUGUUUAUUCAUAGAGUGGCUGCAAAACUCACCGACUGGCAUCCUCCCUCAGGAGUCAUUCCACAUAGGGGAAACCUAAAUAUCAUCUCAGCAUUUCUAUAUAUUGUGACCUACGGAACAUCUUUAAGAAACAACAAGCUAUUUUUAUUGCAAAAACUGAAAAGUGGCAUAAAGAAUGUCUCGCGAAGGUGUAUGUUUAAAAUAAAUCAGUAUAAAUAGAAA